GUCUCAGUUGGAAUUUUUUCAAGUUGUUAAUUUUUUGGAUGUUCUUUUGAAAAAGUACCUUCUGAAGAACCCAUCACGAAAAGAAGCAAACGAAGAAUUACAAACCAUAUUUGUGUGCCUUUUGAAAUUUGUCGAAUUGGUCAAUUCUGAGAAAUGUUUUGCGAUACCAGUAAAAAAAUUGACCAUAGAAAUCUAUCUUCAUUUAUUAACUCUCAUAAAAAUGCAUAAAUGCAUUUUUAAAAAUUUUCAUCUAAUAAUAAAAGUUUCCAAUUUAGCGGAUGUAUAUUUAGAUUUUUUUUACGAAAAAUAUCACAAGGAAAGAGAUGAGUUGUGGCUUUUUAAAUUAAUAGAAAUUCUCUUUCGAUUGUUGGAAUCUUGCAAUAAUUUGGAUGCAUUACAAAUAAAAUGUUUUGAAAACAUCUUCUAUAAGCGGAUGAGUUUUGUUUUGGAGCAAAUUAUGAUACAAAAUUCUCCCGAUUUUCAUAUGGAACUCUUCAAAUUUUGCAUUUCAAUGCUCAAUAUCAUACUUUGGACUCCAACUUUCAGCAAAAACUUUUGCAUUAAAAUCAUUAAAAAAAUUAUUAAAAUUAAAGCUGAUUCGAUGAUUUUUGUUUUGUCAAAAUCUUCAAGAAAAAUUCGUCAAUACACCCAAUACUCUAUGAAAAUAUUCCUAAGUUCAUUUAUUAUUCAUUCUGAUAGUUCUCCUCCAAUUAGCAAUCAUUUAAUACUUGAUACAUUUCUGCAAGCUCAUUUUUCAAAAACAUUUAUCGACCUGAAAUCGAAGGAAAUUGUUAAAAAUAAUAAACUACUUAUACUUCUAUAUGGAUGUUCCUUUUUUAAGCAUCAACUUCGUAGUCCUCUUAAUGCUAACAAAGUUUUAGCUAAUAUUGCAAUCAUUUUGGAAGAUCCCGAAUGUAAUCUUGAUAAUCAUGAGAUUUGGAAUAUUUUAAGAAUUUAUUCUUACUAUUCCAACUAUGCAGUUCUUAGUUCACUUGAACACAUAGGAGUUCAGAAUAUUUCUGAACAUUUACUGAAAAAAUCAACUGAACUUUUUCUUGGAAAACAAAGAAUGCAAUAUCAAAUCGAUAAGUACAUUUUAUCAUUCGCUAAAGACUUAUCAACAAAUAUGAAAAUAAUUAAUACCAUGGUUUUAGCAUACAUGAGUCAAGACCCUUCGCCAAAAGAUUCAAAUAUUGGUUUCAUUUUUCCAGCGAACGAGGUUCUACCAUUUAUUUUGUCGAAUGAUUCCAAACAAGUUGCGAAUGCUGUAACAAUUUUACAACAGAAAUAUCUAAAUGAAGACGAUUUGGAUUUUAUUAUCAAGCACUGCUUUUCUAGUUUGAAAUCUGACGAAAUCAAUAUUGAAGAGGCAAAAAAAGUGACCCAAAAAUACUCCACAUCAUGUUAUUAUUUUAUGAUGACUACUUGUGUAAGUUUGGCGUCAAAUAUUGACCCGCAUUUUGAGCAGUUUGAUGUAUCUAUGAAACCAGCUACUUCAAAAACCCUAUUUUAAAAAUAAAGGUUCCUGUUUAAACUUUAAUUUAAAUUCUAAGAUUUUUAAUUAACA